GCUGAUAGUUGGAUGCUGGACGGGACGGGAGGUCAGUCUUAACCGUUGCUUUCUCCAGAACGGAUCGAGCACACGAGAAGUGUUGCGGUGAUUGCGACGACGUGCUUCUGAACGAGCAGGAUCGCCGACUGAGCAAGUGCAACGGGCUCAAGCUCAAGCACUCUCUUCUGCGCUGGAUACAAUCCAUAACCAAGCACCAUGUCGUCGCCGAUUCCUUCCGAUGCGACAACGGUCCCAACGGACUCGGACGCUGCUGGUAAUGGCCAUCAGAGUGUGGACGACCUGAGCCGAUCGCUGCAGCGGUUCAACUGGCCCGACUAUAUGGUGUUUGUGAUGAUGCUGAUCAGCUGCAUCUUCAUUGGGAUAUACUUUGGCUACAAGGAUCACCAGAAGCACAAGAACCGCAAAACGGCCCGGCGGGACUCGGAAGCGCUGGAUUAUCUGGUCGGUGGACGAAAGAUGUCCGUGUUUCCCGUGUCGGUUUCGCUGGUGGCAAGUUGGAUCUCCGGAAUAUCUCUGCUGGGAACGUCGACGGAAAUCUACGUGUACGGUACGCAGUAUUGCUACAUCGUGUUCGCGAUAGUUCUCAUGGGAUUCGCAAUGCAUUACAUAUUCUUGCCGGUGUUCCACGAUUUGCAGAUAACAUCGGCUUACGAGUACCUGCAACUCCGGUUCGAUAAGCGGAUGAGACUGUUAGGUUCGAUCUUGUUCACGUUAGCUUCGCUUCUCUGGCUCCCAAUUGUCGUGUACGUCCCAGCGUUAGCCUUCAAUCAAGUGUCCGGAGUCAACAUUCACGUGAUCACACCCAUUGUCUGCUUAGUCUGCAUCUUCUACACCAGUGUGGGUGGUUUGAAGGCCGUAGUUUGGACGGAUGUGAUCCAGACCACGGUCAUGGUUGGUGCUAUGAUCAUCGUAAUCGUUAAGGGUACGAUGGACGUGGGAGGUCUCGGCGUAGUUAUUGAGAGGAAUUCGGCAGGUCAGCGGUUGGAGAAACCGAUUUUUGAUCUCGAUCCGACUGCUAGGAAUACCUUCUGGAAUCUUUUCAUUGGUGGUGCCUUUUUUUGGACAUCUACCAAUGCCACCAACCAAAACAUGAUCCAAAGGUACCUGUCACUGCCAACCUUGAAAGCCGCUCGUCGGGCUCUGAUAUUGUUUCUAUUCGGAACAACUGCUGUUUUAUCACUUUGCUGCUAUAAUGGUCUUUUGAUCUACGCGAUGCAUCACGACUGUGAUCCACUGAGUACCGGUCUGGCGAAAGCUAAAGAUCAACUGGUUCCACUGCUGGUCAUGGAGGUGCUGGCGAUCUACCCAGGACUAGCCGGACUGUUUGUUGCCGGUAUUUUCAGUGCUGCCUUGAGUUCUCUUUCGACAGCACUAAACUCGCUGUCAGCCAUCGUUCUGGAAGACUUUUGCAAACCGUUUGUGAAGAAACCUCUGACAGAAUUCCAAGUUCGGUACCUGAUGAGAGCAUCGGUGUUAGUGUUCGGAACUAUAGCUGUUAUCCUGGUGGUUGUCGUGGAGAAGAUGGGAGCCGUGCUUCAACUAUCAAUGAGUCUUGGUCCUGUCACCUUGGGCCCACUGUUCGGUCUAUUCAUCAUGGGUAUGUUCUUCCCUCGAAUCAACGGAACUUGCGCGAUCAUCGGAGCCACCGGCGGACUUCUCACCAUGUCUUACAUCGUAAUCCGAUCACAAAUUUCAAUCGCCCUCGGAGAGAUCACCUUCGCCGAAAAACCAGUUACCGUUGAAGGAUGCGCGUAUGACUUUACACCCCUCAACAAAACAAUAACCUUCCCUACGGACGGCGCAGAUUCGCACGUGGAAAAAUCCCUCCACCAUGUUUCCUUCCUGUACUACACCCUAAUCGGCUCUAUGGUCCCGACCAUUAUCGGGUACCUAUGCGCCGUAAUCAAAAGCUUCACCGUGGGCUACCGACCGGAAGAGCUAGACAUCGAUCCGCUUCUGUUAGCCCCGUUCUUGCGAAAGUACCAAAAGCCAAGCAAAACAGCCCACAUGGCCGAGGUGAUACACGAGUUUGAAACGAAGGACGUGCAAUACUUGCAGUUGCGAUUCGACAAACGGAUGCGAAUAUUUGGCUCGAUCCUUUUCAUGGUGGCGUGUUUGCUCUGGAUGCCGAUAGUUAUUUACGUGCCAGCUCUAGCGUUUAACCAAGUCACUGGCAUCAAUGUCCAUACGAUAACUCCAAUAGUAUGCUUGAUUUGUAUAUUUUACACUAGUGUGGGUGGCCUCAAAGCGGUCGUCUGGACCGACGUCAUACAGUCCGGCGUGACGCUGGGUGCCCUGCUUGUGGUUCUCAUCAAGGGCGUCGUUAGCGUUGGCGGACCGGCCGUAGUUUGGGAACGCAACAUGGCUAGCAAUCGGAUCGAACCGCCCAACUUUGAUCCGGAUCCAACGGUACGCCAUACGGCCUGGGUGUUUCUGAUUGGGGGUUCGGUUUGGUACACUUACGGGGUGUCCUGCAGCCAGGACAUGAUCCAACGGUACCUUUCACUUCCAACGCUUGGGGCGGCUAGGCGAGCCUCCCGAGGGUUCGUCUGUGGAAUGCUGCUUGUUUAUUCGAUCCUGUUUAGCCUCGGGAUGCUUAUCUAUGCCACGUACCAUGAUUGUGACCCGUUGACCACCAAUUUGGCCAAAGCUAAGGAUCAACUGUUACCAUUGUUCGUGAUGGACACAUUCCAGGGUUAUCCCGGUGCGGCAGGUGUCUUCGUUGCUGGUAUUUUCAGUGCAGCGCUGAGCUCACUCUCCUCUGCCUUGAACGCGUUGGCCGCUAUUGCAUUUGAAGACUUCUGCAAGCCUUAUUUCGGCAACACACUGAGCGAAUCGCAGAUUGGUUACAUCCUGCGUGGUUCGGUUCUUCUCUUUGGAGCCGUUUCGGUGGUGUUCAUCUACAUUGUCGAACACUUGGGAGCGGUGAUGCAGCUGACGAUGACCCUGAGUUCUACUUCCGGAGGACCACUGUUUGGGCUGUUUGUGAUGGGCAUUUUCAUGCCCUGGGUUAACGCAACGGGCGCUCUGUACGGAGGUCUGGCCGGCCUUUGCUCGAUGGCCUAUCUGUGCUUCAGGUCGCAGGCAUCGCUAGCAACGGGUGAGAUUAUCUACUCGUCCAAGAACGUCAGCAUCGCGGGAUGUAUGUACCAGUUUGAAAACACCACAAAACCGGAACCGACCUUUGACGAGAUGGAAAAAUCUUUCCAUCACAUUUCAUACCUUUAUUUUACACUUUUUGGAACAUUUGUUUCCUGCCUUGUGGGAUCUGUGGUCAGCCUUGUGAAAAAGAGUGAAAACGAGGAACUUUUGAACCAGCAGCUGCUGGCACCGUUCAUUAGGAAAUAUUUAAGCGAAAAAUGUCAACCGGCCGAACAACGUGAAUUGACAGAAACAAUGCUUGAGAAAACUGUUCAUAAUGAUAUCCAUAGACCGGAAUAAGAAAAUGACUUAACAGCACUGCAAGAACUGCCUGAAGAAUUAUUAAAAAAAAAAACAUUGUACAAAAUGCAUUUUUUUUUUUUUGUAGAGCCUUAAUACCACUGCGACCAAUUAUAGGAAUAUUGUGGUGUGACCCAUUUUUUAUAGCAAAUCAGGUUAACCCAUCACCAUGGAACGGUGAGGGGCAUCUCCAAAAUGUAUUGCAGAAGCAAGAAAAGCAGAAUUGAACCAAUGACUAAUAAAAGAGAAGAUUGAUGCUGUUAAAAAUUGUUGUUGUAAGUUAUGGCCAAUCAUAACUAUUCGGUAGCAGGUCGUUGAUUAAUUGAUAGCAAAUUUAGUAUGCCAUCGUGAACCAUAAAUAUCCCAACAACACGAGUAUGGUAAGAAACUCACCUCUCCCAC